AUGGCCGAGCCCUCGAUCGCGAGCGCGGUGGUCUCCACGACGACGACCGCGACGGCGAACGCGGCGGAGUUGCGACUGGCGUGCGAGACGUUCAUCCCGAGCGCGACGACGGCGGUGACGCUGCGAGAGACGACGGGGGGGGUGAAUAAUCACGUGCGGUACGCGGACGCGGCGAGCGGAACGUACGUCGCGCGGGUGUAUAACAACGGCAAGGCGACGACGCGGGUGGCGUUCGAACACGCGGUGCUGCUUGCGGUGGAGCCGUUGGUGGCGGCGUGUGAUUUGGGAUUCGUCGUCCCGAGGGCGCUGCGGGCGCGGGACGGGAGCGGCGAUACGUUUAAGAUUUUGCCGAGCGGCGACGCGGCGAGCGUGUUCGAGUUGAUUCCGGGUACGCUGCCGAAAACGCGGUAUGCGGAUGCGGUGGGUGAGGCCACGGCGGCGCUGUCGAAGUGCUUGGAGGCGUGUGAGGGGGACGUUCGGGCGAUCGCGCCGACGUCGCCCACGAGCGUGUAUCGCGACAUCUUCGGCGCGUUCGUCGCCAAGGGGGGGUCGCGCGAGGCUUUUUUCGCGGAGAUGGCGAAUAACUCGGGCUUGGACGAUGUCCGGCCGGCGGUGACGCGAUUGGCGGAUUACAUCCGCGCGCUCGAGGAAAAGUUGCUCGCCAUUGAAGCCGCGGGUGGUUUACCGGAGACUUUGAUUCACGGCGACGUGCACUACGAUAACGCUCUGGUGGACGAAAACACGGGUAAAGUGACGGGAAUAAUCGAUUUCGAGUUCGCCUCGUACGACUGGCGCAUGAUGGAGUGCGCCGCCGGACUCUCAAAAUACGUCGGCGAGAAGGACCCGAUGCCGUUCGUUCAGUCGUACAUCAAAGGCUUUUGCCGUCGAGCAACGCCGACGGAGGCCGAGAUCGACGCCAUCCCGGACCUCAUCAAACUUCGUGUCCUCGAGACCGUGGUCUAUUUCGUCGCUCGCUCCGUCGCGGGCGAGGACGACAUCUCUCAACUCGCUCUCCGCGCCGACAACUACGCCGCCCGCGUCGAGUGGAUCGACGCCAACGCCCAAGCGAUUCGCGACGCCGUGCGCGCAUCCUUAGCCUCGCGUCAAUGA